ACCAAUGUACCAGAUUAUCAAAUUUCUUCGGUUCUUCCCUUCUCCCUUCCGCCUCCUUCCAUCCCCUCCCCUCCCCUCCCACGCGACGGCGGCGGCGGCGGCGGCCGGAGCGCGCGCCUCCUUCCCACCACCGGGCUCCAUCUCGCCUCGAAUCGAAGGGUAGUAGUAGUAGUAGAGGAUACACGAUGCAGUCUCUGCUGCGGCGCGUCUAUCUUGCCGGAAGCCAUGGCUCCGCGGCGAAGCUCUUGGACCGUGCAGCUUCUGGAGUCGCGCAGUCGGGUGCUAACCUGCUGUCCAUCAAGCACCUGAGUUCUUGCAGCUGGAUUCGUCCAUUUGGGAACUCAAUCGUCUCCGGUGAUAGUGUUCAUUCCCAUGGGUUCUGCGUGAAUACCAUGCCAAUGAGGGGUCUAUCAACAGUGGGGAGUGCUGAGGUUUCUGUCGAGGAGGAAAGUUCUGACUCUCCAGGAGUCGAGCAUCCUCCGCGCAUCAAGUUUAAGAGGCCUGACAAGACGGCCAGGCACAUUAUGAAUAUCUUGAACAAGGAGGCUGUUGACAAGGUCCGUGGGGAAAGAGAGAUUCCUGAUGUGCAGCCUGGAUGUAUUAUCCAAAUGAGAUUGCAAGUUCCUGAGAACAAGCGUCGUGAGUCUACGUUGAAAGGCAUUGUCAUAGGAAGACGUAAUGCUGGGAUCAAUACAACUUUCAGACUGCGUAGAUUAGUAGCUGGUGUUGGAGUCGAGUCUGUCUUUCCACUUUACUCUCCAAACAUCAAGGAAAUCAAGGUCUUGGACAGGAAGAAAGUCAGGAGAGCAAAGUUGUAUUACCUGCGGGACAGGAUGAAUGCACUUAAGAAAUGAGACUGCUUUAGCUCCCCUUUUAUUUUUUUUUAGUUGAUCUGCAAGGUUUCUUGUGACAUAAAGCUUUCAGUUCAGGAUGCACAUUUUGUUAGUUCCAUCUCCUAAAAGCUACUGUUUGUAUUUCUGAUACUUGGUUCUUUCAAGUACACAAGCAGUGCAGGCAGCAAUCUGCUCCCGUGGUUCUGAAUUGACAGCGUUGAUAUCUUAUAUUUUAUGUUGUAACCUCUUUCUGAUGAUAGAAAUGACCACAUAUCAAGCUCCCCGCAUUAAAGACUUGUUUGUGUUUAAGAUAAAAAUAGUUUGAAGCUUAGUUCUUCAAAGCA